AUGGAGCCGGAGCAGCAGCACAACGCCCAGCCUCCGGCGCCCCCUGCAGCUGCGCCGCCGCAUCCGCCGCAGCCGAGGCCAGUGGCCCCUAUGAUGCACUCGGCCAGGUCGUGGCCACUCUCCUUCACGCCUAUAAAGCCAUUGGUCGAAAUUAAGAGUGUUACUCCACCAAAGAGAAAGAAGCAGUGCAAUUGCAAAAACUCACACUGUCUAAAGCUGUACUGUGAGUGUUUUGCAGCAGGACUUUAUUGCGACGGCUGCAAUUGUAAACAAUGUGGAAAUAAAGUUGAGAAUGAACAUGCUAGGCAGGAGGCUAUUAACAGUACUAAGCUACGGAAUCCAAAGGCUUUUCAACCUAAGAUUGAAAACGUUCCAAGUGCUCUUAGUGUUCGAAAGGAUGCUGGAGCACCUUCAGUUCCAAAACAUAAUAAAGGUUGUCACUGCAAAAAAUCAGGGUGUCUCAAGAAGUACUGUGAAUGCUUUCAAGCAAAUAUCCUUUGUUCCAAGAAUUGUAAAUGUAUGGAUUGCAAGAACUUCGAAGGAAGUGAGGAGCUACAGGCUAUAAUUCAAGGGGAUAAUGCAUCUGAUAAAAAUAACAUUCAGCAAGCAGCUAACGUCACUCUGAAUGGUGCCAUUGGAUCCUCUGGGUAUAAAUAUUCACCUGUACGCAGAAAAAGACACCCAGAAGACCCCCUUGGUCCAGAGGCUAACCACUUGGAUGCUUCACAAGUUGCUUCUUCUAGUGGACUUGAAGGCUGUAUUGGUUAUCAGAGUAGAUCUAAAAUGGUCUAUAGGUCUCCGCUAGCAAACACUAUCCAUCCUACGGAUGUUAAUGAUCUUGCAAAUCAUUUGGUGAUUGUAUGCAGAAAGGCAACAGAAACAUUCCUGACAAUAGCUGAUAAUAAAGUCGAGAUGGAAGUAGAGAGGGGAAUUUACACAAAUGCUGACCUAAACAAUGAUAAGAUGAAAAACCGUGAAGUUCAGAAUGGUGGUGUUAGUCAACCUGAUGUUGCAACCCAUAUAGAUCAGCGGACUGCUGGUGAUCUCGAAUCACCUUGCAAUAACACCCAAGAAGACUAUAGACCUGCCUCUCCAGGAACACAGGCACUAUUGUGUGACGAGCAGGGCACCACGUUUGGAUCAGAUUAUAGAACUUCAUUUCCAUCAGCAUUUCAUGAUCAGGACACUCCAGAGCUAAGCGCUCUGCAAGAAAAGACGGUGUUGACAGGGUUCCGUGACUACCUCCGGCUGCUUAUCACACGCGGGAAGAUAAAUGCCAAUAACUCAGCCGGGAUGACAGAAGCCAACGCAUCGUCCGAGCCCGCUAUGGAGCUGGACGCUCAAAGAAACCACGGAGCAACCACCGGUCCCGGUGCGAGUUCCUUUCCACCAGAAGCUGUGGAAAGGCCAAAAGCCCCUGGCGACCCCGAGAAUCCGAGAGCAGGCGACCCCUCCGCAUAG